AAUGAGUUAUUUUUAUGAGAAUAUUAUCUACUUCAUUGUAAAAAUUAUUAUCUUGUUUGCUACGAAAAUCGUGGGCAACGGUUGCAUUGCAGUUUCGAUAGGGUAUCUUAUCAAUUAAUCGGAUUUGAUUAAUUAUUGAGCAUUAACAAUACAGUACAAGAUGGUUUUAUAUAUUUUGAAGAAAUUUCUGUGUCUCUGUGAAUUUUAAUUUGACUCAGGCAAUUUAUUGGAUUUGUAUUUGAAAUAUGAUUGUUAGGACAUUAUUUAUUCGUCUCCGGAAUAGUCUUCGUUUGUGUGCAAGUUAUGCGGAUAAAUGUGUGACCGUGUGCCAAACUGGUGCUCGACCCUCUGGCUUUAACGGCUGUAAGACGAAAAAGGAUGAAAAAUAUUUGGGAAAACAUGGAGACGUUAUUCAGAUACUCUACGGUAAAUAUCCUUACAGGAUAGAAUUCAAUCCACCGCCGUCUGAUAUAGGAAAGGAGUCAAUAAAUUCUAAGAAACGAUCUUACACUGAAUCAGAAGAUAGCCAAGAGUUUACACUAAACAAAAAGCCUAGAGGGGAUUAUUGCGACGCUAAAAUGUCAAAAGAGGUGAGGGAUACUGAUGAUGAUGUCGACGAAAAAACAUCGCGGGAGAUCCUUGAAAAAGUGAGAACGAAACAUCAGAGUCCAGUGCCAAGUGGAUCUAAGCCUGAAAAUAUUGAUUACGAAGAAACACGUACAAUUCAUAAUGAAACUUGGGAAGAUGUGGAUAAACAGGCGUUGAUGAUUUUUACUGCUGAGGGGGUGCAAUCCAGAUCGAAAAUUGCAGCGUAUGACAUGGAUGGAACUUUGAUAACUACGCAAUCAGGGUUGGUCUUCCCAAAGGAUCUCAAUGACUGGAAGAUUCUGUUUCCGGGAAUACCUGGAAAGUUGAAGGAGCUGCAUUCGGAUGGAUAUAAAAUUGUUAUUUUUACAAAUCAGGGAGGGUUGGGAUUGGGGAAAUCCAAACCUAAUGAUUUCAAACAAAAGAUUGAGAGAGUUGUUAAAAGACUGGCAGUUCCAAUCCAAGUUUUCAUUGCGACUGCAAGGGAUUCUUAUAGGAAACCGGUGACAGGAAUGUGGGAUAGAUUAGUUAAAUUUUGUAACGAUGGAGUGCCCAUUGACAAGGACAAAUCUUUCUUCGUUGGAGAUGCAGCAGGAAGACCUAAAGAUUGGGCACCAAAGAAGAAGAAGGAUCACUCUCUGGCCGAUAGGCUAUUUGCCUUGAAUGUUGACUUAACGUUUUACACGCCUGAAGAACAUUUCCUGGGACAGAAGCCAGUGAAGUACAAUUUACCGGUGUUUGAUCCAAAAAGAGUAGAAGAUAAUGCUGAUGUUUGCGAUCCGCCAAUAGCUCAAUUAUCCUCAAAAAUUCAAGAAGUGAUUCUCAUGGUGGGUGCACCAGGAACCGGAAAGACCCACGUAGUACAGAAUUACCUUAAGGAUUAUCACCACAUAAAUAGAGACAGACUAGGAAGUUGGCAGAAAUGUGUAGCAGAAAUGGAAAAAAUACUAUCCAAAGGGAAAAGUGUAGUAAUUGACAAUACGAAUCCGGAUCCAACAUCAAGGCAAAGGUUUCUUCAUGUUGCCAAAUCCAAGAACAUUCCAGUCAGAUGUUUUCUGAUGAAGACCUCAGUUGAACAUGCGAAGCAUAACAACCGAUUUAGGGAACUGACGGAUCCAAGUCAUAUGGUUAUUAGUGAAAUUAUUAUAAAUUCAUACGUGAAGAACUUCGUGGAGCCUAGUAUGGACGAGGGAUUCUCAGAAAUCGUGAAGAUCAAUUUUGUACCAAAAUUCCAGAGCGAGAAGGAACGAGAGCUUUAUACAAUGUAUCUUCUUGAGAAGUGAUAUUGAAGAAAGAAUACUUGUGAAUUUUAUACAAUUAUAAUCAUAUUUAGUUUCAUAAAAAAUCAAUAAAUCCGAUAGAACUAAAAAGAA